AGCCUAUUCUCUUUCGAUUGCUCUACUUUACUGAAACAGCAGAGCGUUUUUGUAGUGGCACACUGUACACACUUCACCUCCAUCUUGCCAGCCUGAGGAAGAGCUGUGUUGUUUACGCGGCGUUUCCAGUUGGUGGGUUUCAUUUCAUUUGCUUUACACGCUGCCGUGUUUUUGCCUUUGCGACGUACUUCAUUUUUUUCUUUUGCCUCUUUUUUUCGUGAAUUUUCAACAGCUUUUUGCCGAAGAGAGAACUAAAAACUGUCGUCUCUAUUUUUUCUAGCCACGUUGUUUUGUUUUUCUGUUUGUUCUUAUUCCUUGGGUUGGCUGGAUUUGUUUCACGGAACCUCUCACCGAAGGCGCCUGCGUGCGGCUACGGAAAGGCACUGUAUUUCGUUUUUGUGUUUGCGUUGCCCCCGUGCCUUCCCCACUCUUUUUUCCCCUCUUUUUUUUAAAAAUAUUGUUAGUGUAACUAUUGGGUGUUUGUAUAAGUUGUUUUAAUACUCGUACUGUGAUUCUUUCUCUUUUACGAUCCUCGUGUGCUCCUUAUUACUAUUAUUACUAUUAUGAUUAUUAUUGUUGUUUAUGAUUACUAUUAUUUCUCCUUGUUGUUUAACCUUCGUUGUUUUGGCACAGCGUGAAUACACACGCAUAUCCAUCUAUUUAUCUAUGUAUACUUCUGGUACGGCAGCGCGCAUUGAAGGAGAGAAAGGUAAACCACCCCGUACACAAAAGGUUGCUUCGCCCUGUGAAGAGACGCGUAUUCGGGCACCUGCGAAUAGAGGGACAAUACAAAGCUGAGGAAGUUACUUCGCAAUAAUCGUCUUGUUUUGUAUUUGUUGUUGUGUGUACGCCUUUUUUUUUUUUUUUCUGGGAGCUACUCUUCUACCUUUCCUCCCCCCACCUACUUUCGAAUCACCGUUCCGUGUGCAAUGUAUAUUCAUCUUUGAGGGCGUUGGAGUCACUCAUUCACACGCCGGCACUUUUCUUUGUGUGUCUUGAACGCGGAGUGUGGCAACACGGAUCUUUUUUUUUCAUUUCCUCUCAUUUCCUCUCGUUUCGUUUUUUUCUGUUUUACUUUCUUGUAAUCACUGCUACCUGGCUCUCGCUGACGCGACGUCGUUCUGUUUUUGUUCUUGAAGCUGGAAGGCAGUCCUGGUUGCAUUGCAGGCAAAGUUGCCCGAGUAGAGCGCGGAAUAGAACGGUCUCCCCAUCGAGGUGUCCCCCCCCCCUAGGCAUCCCUUUUUAUUUUGAUUUUUAGUUGUGUUCGUUCUAACGAAGCACCGUCAAAAAACAAACAAACACUCUCUUCUCUAUUACUCGUUUCUUUUUUCCCGCACAUUUUCAAGUAGUACUUCUUAUUCUUCUUUUUUGUACUGUUCAUAGGCCCCCCUCCCCCUCUCUCCUCUCUCCUCUCCCCUCUCCCUCUCUCUGUGUGAAGGGAGGUGGAGCACCUUUACGAAGUUUUAGUGAGGGCAAGGUGCGUGUAAACACGCUAGCAAGAAGGAAAAAGCAACGGUUGAGGAGCAAACACGCACACGCACAUCUCUUCCAUUUUGGUUUUAUUCCCUUCACAGCCUCGCGGAAUUAGAGUCAAAGGGAUUUAGCACUCCCCUUUGUCAGGUGAACGCAUCUCUUCUUCCUUUUCGUUUUCCUUUUUUUUUAUUGGUUCGCUUUGCUAGACUUCGAAACAUUUAUAUCUUUUCUCUUGUGUUGUACGCGGUUUCACUACUACUACUACUACUAUUGUGUUUUCUCUCUCCCCUUUCUUUCUGCACUCGCUCUGUAUCGGCACCAUUACGACCGCCCUUUCCUCCCCUUUUUCUUUGUUGCGUGUUGUUGGCGUGUGACGGGCGUUGAAUACGGCUGCAGCUACAAAUUUGAGGUAACGGUUUUUGCGUACAAGAAAACCUUUGAUACAUAUAUAUUUCGGACCUUUACGGAGGUGCAAGAAUGCUAGAUCUCUUGUUGUUGCCCUCCCCAACGUCGAAGAGCACUCACCCGAUCGAUCGCGCGGAUGCCCCCCUUACGCCGUCGUCGACCGUCGCCUCACUGCGGCAAGACUCGUCGACGCACUCCAUGUGCCGCUUAAUGUCUGCGUUCACCGUGUCUUCGUUUGGCUCCGGGCUCCCACUGACGCUGCCCGAUUCCUCCGCUUCCGGGUGGCAAAGCACUAGUCAUCGGCGUCGGUCCUCUGUGAUGGGCAAAGAGAGCGUGCAGCACAACGGUGCCGUAACGCAGCAGCGCUCCAGCUUCAACGACAGCGCGUCUGCCAGUGCAGAACGGCGACAGCUCUACAGCACGCCUGCACCACUUUUGCAGACCACACGCACUGAUGUGGCGCCAGGUCAAAUCGAAAGAGUCGCGACCGCGCUGUACAGCUCGCAGUGGCAGCCACGGCUCGAGAAACCAGUGGAGGGUGGCACCGCUGCCGCACAUUCCCCUCCGCCUGCACUAACUCCCCUCGCGGAGGCGUCUGCGCCGAUGAACGCGUCGGAUGCCGAAAAGCGAGAACACACUCGGUCAACGACGCCCACGUCUUCACCUGUCUAUGCCGAUGCCGCCUCCGUGCGGAAUCGUAAUACGGCCGUCGUGGCUGCUGCGGAUGCGGCCGUCACCAUUGGAACGAGUUCCAGAGGCUCGGACCCACCAACCGUCGUACUAGAGCCGAAGUGGGUGGACUACGAUGUGUACUUGCGCCUCUCUGCACCGUUGUUGCGGCAGCGCUCUCUGCAAGAUCGAGUGGCGCAGCUGUGUUGUGCAUCGUCCACGACGGCGCACGACCACAGGCGACUCGUUUGUCUCGACAGCGUCUUUUCGUUUCUGUUGCACGGCAGCGCCGUUGCACCCCCCAUCGUGACACCAACUGUCACUCCUGUCUCCGCAGAUCAGUUGCCAAUUUCUGGGUCUUCGUGCGGCAGCCUCGACGAGGCCCAGCGGAUGUGCUUUCCUCUGUUCUGCCUGCUCGGGGCGAAGCUGUGUGCGUUGGCGGAGCCCGGUGGCGUGAUUCGAUCCGUUCACACCUCCACCCCGCCGAUGUCUCUUUCACAGGCAUUGCAUCCGCAGGGCGUCGAAGGUGGGCCCAACGCCGCUGCGCCGCGCACGUACAAAAGCGUGGGGCGUCAGCACGUCCUGCUGCUGUUCGCGGAGCAGCUCAUGGACGCCUAUCCUGACUUCCCACGGGAGCUGCUCUACACCACCAGCCCAGGUGGCGCCAUCGUGUCCGCACCUCCACCAGAGACGGCGACGUACUGGCACAGCUGGCAGGCGACGCCACGCGAGGCCCGCCAGAGUGAGUCGUACGACGCCUUGUGGAGCGUCAUCACGCUGCGACGAUUUGCGGUGUUGAUGGAGCGCUGGGGCGUGUCGCCCGCCGCGGCUUCGGAGAAGCUAUGCCUGACGGCGUCAUCGACAACAACGGCGGCAGAGGUGGUGCUCCCACAAACGCCGGAGGCAGAUGGGGAGUCGUCCCGCCUUGUCGUGCCGCGUCAGCUGAUGCUCCACACCGUGGACUCCAACUCCCAUCUUUCCGUCCCCCUUCAUCACCUUGCAAUGAAUGGCGAAGACGACGCAACGGCGCUGCAGCACAGAGGCGAAUCUGUGCCAGCCGCGACAGCCAUCAUCGCCGGCACUCCCGCGCUGAACUGCCCCCGUCCGCUCCUGCCAUACCCCCCGUACACGCGUCCGCCGCCGCCGCCGCCACAGCAGCAGUCCAACGUGGAGCACAUCAGCUGCAGCAACAGCGGUACCGCCAUAUCGAGCAGCGUGUGGGACUGCGCGUCUUCCUCGAAGGCCGCGGUGCCUGGUCGGGGCGACUACACACCCGCCACCGCAGCUGCCGUGCGACCCUCUGCGGCCCGCAGCCGGCGUACACGCCACGAGGCGGCGCUCACGAGUUCCUCGUUUGGGACACCGUUGCCGUCGGACUGCACGGAUCGGUUGGACGACAUGCUCGCAGAGAGCGCAGAGGGCGGACACCCCUACAACGCCCCCGUCGCCGCAGGCUCCAGCGCCGUACCGAACGCAACGAAAGAACGCUGCCAGCACCGGCAGGUGCAUCGGUACAAUGUGCCCUCCCCCCCACAGUUGCCGCCGUCGACGAGUGCCGCCGCCGCAGCGCAACAAGACAGCAUCGCAUCGUUUCUGCGCUCCUUUGCGCGCAACGGCGGUGUGGUACCGGCGGCCGUCUCCAAGAACACGUCGUUGGAGGUGUGGAAUUCAAAGCAACGGGCCUCCCCGACGUACUUACCGGCACCGCCAAAACACCAGUCGCCACAGCAGCAGCAGCAGCAGCAUCGACACAGUCAUCACAACCGCACAACGAUGCCGACCACUGCUGUUUCCGUUUCUGCGCUUUCCACCCGCAUGGAAGGGCAGCGCUACAACGACGCCUCCACCCCGCUGCCCUCGCGUCCGAUGACGGCUGACAUGCAACGUCGGCCGCCAACGGUGCCGAUGAGUCGGAAGGAGUUUGCGUUGCACCCAUACAAUGUGGCUGCUGCUGCCGCUGCUGCUGCACCAUCGUCGUUGAAGGGGCACCGCAAGUCGCAUAAACACCGCAGCAGUUCCUCACGCCGCCAUCACACCAGAGGAGAUCAGGGCUGUGCGGCCGCUACACGCACGGCACAAUCGUCAAACAGGUCAGAGCGGCAGGAGAACGUACGCUCCAACACGGGCGUGAAUGCGGCUGAAGCGUCAUUGCAGGGAGCGGGCUCGGAGAGGUCCGCCGGAGGCGAGAAAGUAAUGGAGCAAGCAGAUCGCGGCGGCAGCGCGCGCAACGCACGGAAACGCACGCAGCAGGUCAACGCCUAUGUGAAGGACUUGCUAGAAGCGACGGCGGAGGCGCGAAAGCGCAAUGAUAGUGCCGAUUCUGCGUGUGUAAACGGCCAGAAAAGCGAGGACCGAACGGACCCUCAAUGCAGGAGAAACAACACUGAACUCAGCGACGCCGCGACAACGAUCCCAGCGACGUCGCUCGAAGGCGUUGCGCACGCGCAAAGUCACCACAGCAACACGAGUGCGAAUGCAAACAGUCUGAACCGUGGACGACUCGUGAAGGCAGCGGGCAUCACAAGUAGUGCCGACGGAGCCGCCGCGCCUUUAAAUGCCGCGCGCGAGACGCCCAGCGGCACACAUCAGGAAAACUCAACAGAAGUGCGGCACGUACCCGCCCCGCCGUUAGCACCCCAACCGCCGUCGCAGUCGCAGCGAUCGCACCUGCACACAAAUAUUCUGCAAAGCUGGGAGAGCAGCAUGCUCGGUCAGUGCGACUCCAGCGGACACAUUGGAGCUGCCAGUGCUACUGCCGCUGAGGGGGCUGCACCGGCUGAGCGAUCAGAGCAGUGGUCACCGACCUCCCCAGUCGACGCAGCUCCUUUCCUCGACCGUGUCGCCCUCAUUCCGUCCAUCGCGUCUUCACAGUCGCAACUGUCGGUUUUCUCUGCCCCAAUUUAUCAAGGCGUCGCAAACGGUCAGGAGGUGACACCGAUGGCGGGGCCUCAUCAAAGGGACGCGGAAGGCGCUGUCACGACAGGCCGCAGCGACGUAUCGUCACAGCCCACGGCUCUUUAUCUUUCUUCCGCUGGCGCGAGCAUCGAGAUUCCUGUCAUGCCGGAUGGCGUCGGCACCGCGGAGAGCGCAGUCUUGCUGGUGUCGCACACACCAGAUCGCGGCUUCGUCGUGACGAGUCUGACAUUCCCCCCUCACACCGCCGCGCACGCCGCAGACGGCAGCGUACGUGAGAUGCGGCCACUGGGCGCUGCCGUGGAAAAGGCUCCCAACAACCACCACCACCACAUGAACAAGGCUACUUCGUUGCCCACGAGUUCACCGCCGUCCCUUUUUGUAACCACUGAGGAGUGUCGGUCACUGCCGACGGCGGCGACGGACAACACCAGCGACCUCCACGCGGACAGCGUAGUCUCCAAGCAAGAUGCGCCGCCACCGGAGCAGAAAUCGCUCGUUGAAGCAGAGGUGAAGAUUCCGCCGCAGGACAGUGAAAAUGUAGAUGCGGUUCCACUGCGGCCGGUCCCCGCCUCGCCACCAGCGCGUGGAAUUACUGUGCCUGUUGUGACGGCUUUUGUGUCCCCCACCGCAUCGGUGCCACCGCCUCAGCCGCUGCAACCCCAGCAACAACAAGGCACUACUGCCGCGCGCAACGACGGCCCGCUUUCGGAACCUGCCGAGCUGUAUGUGGAGGAUGCUGAGCAGCCACCUUCCGCGGACGUAUCGCCGGAUGUUUUGACUGCAGUUUUGACUGCGACGUAUGUGCCAACAGCGGCGGUGCCACUACAGGGAGAGAAGUCGGAUGUCACAACGCGGACGGUGCCGCUUCGUCUGGGCAUCGCUGCUCAGCUCAGAGGCCUCAUUGCCCCAGUUCUACAAGCUGUUGGUCGCGGGUACUUGGCGCGCCAUGCGCUUGGCGCUGCGGCAGCGCUGCACCGGACGCAUCCGCGAAGUGUAACGUUGGAGGAAGACACAUUCACCAUCGACGGUGCGUCUCCUGCUACAUCUGCCGGUUCAUUCCCUCCUACACCGGGUCUAGAUGCAGUAGCUGUUGCUGCUGCAUUCCCAGCCGAGCAAGCCUCUUUCCAGAACUCAAGCAUGAAUCAUAAUUCCGACACAGCAACCAGCGCUGCCGCUGCUGCUGCUACUGCGGUUGGCGACCCUCCACCUGGUGCCUCAUCUACUUUCUCGCCUGCACCGGUGACGGCGCCGCGGUCCACGCACAAGGUACGUCCCCCACCGCUGACGGCCUUUGCGGCGCCGGAAUCGCGGGCUGUGCUGCGUACACCCGUCACGCAGGACCCGCUGCCGGCUGCCGAUGCGUCUGUCAACGACGCUGCAAAGAAGGUGGUGAAACUGUACGAGUCCUCGGGCCUCGACGCCGCGCCGCGCAACACGACCCACGACGGCGGGCUCCUCCACCGCUCCUCCCCCGAGCCGCAGCAGCGACUCUUCGCGGUUUUCGGCGUGCCUGGCAACUCCGUGUCGGACAUUUCGAGCUCGCUGGGCCAGAGCGCCGCAUACGUCACGUACUUCGCCUCCCACGACGAGACUGGCAUGCUGGAGAGUAAGUUGCCGCGAUCCAUACAGGCGGUGGAACAAAGCAUGGACACGUCGCGCUUUUCUUCGCUCUUUCUACCGUGGUCGAAGGACGGGACGAGGGGAAACCGAGAAGGGAUGGCGGCCUCGCACACCCUGCCGCCGUCCAAGGAGGAGGAAAGCUCGUUUGGUAGCACCGGGGGCGACGAGAAGGGCUCCGGGUUGCAGCGGACAAAGCGCAAAGACGGGCCACACUGCAUGACCUCCACCGAGAUGCCCCCGACAGAAGGCGUGUCGGAGAGUGCGCUGCUGCUUUCUCUCAUGAGGCCGAUUGCAACUCCCUCCCGCGACCGCCUCACCGAGGAUCCGCCGCUCUCACUUAGGGGCGAGUCGACCGAGGACUGGAUAAACCUGCUGCACAGCCGCUUCGGCGCGGGUGGAAGCUGCACCGUGGCCUUUGUCGGUCAGACGGCGAACGGCCCCCUCGCGGGCAGCACCACGAGCAACACCUUGCAGGACUCCGCUGGCUCGUACACCCGCACCAGUUCUGAUCCAGCUCAUCCGUCGAACUCGCUGGAUAACACGUGGGUGAUGCACUCUGCCAUGUGUCUGCUGCGAUUUCAGCGCAUCGGACGCGGCUACCUCGCAAGGCAACAGCUGGCGCAGCGUUACCGCGAUGCGCGGGAGGAAGAAAACUUGGACGCGCUGCUGAAGCACGUGCUGUUGGACGGCCCAUCACUACCUGCUUCCCCAUCGACGGCCACAGGAGGCGCUACGUCAGUGGGGAGGCUCGCCAACAACACCGUACUGUACGCCGAGGGCAACAACUUCAAUGGGGACAACGAGAACAGAACUCGUCUAGGCAGCGCAGUGGCGACGCGGGGCUCUGCAGUUUUCUCCGUCCCGCCUUCGACACAGCCGGUCGCCGUCUCCGCCACACCGCAGAGCACGUUGUCGGCGGUCGUCGCGGCUCCGUCUCUGGAGUCCGCCGGGUCCAACGGCAUGGUGCGGACUAGCUCCGACUUGGACGCGCCACCUACGCCGCCAGUGGCCGUUCGCGGGCCGCCCUUGUCGCCGUUCCAGGUGCUGUCCGAGGGCUACCCCCUGUCCGCCCAGUCGUCCGGCUCGGCCGACGUUGCGGCAGGCGCCAAAGAGCGCGCCUCGGUGACCAUGAGCUCGGAAUCCGCCUCGAAGUCCGGCAACCUUGGCGGUGCCGGUGCCGGUGCAGCCGUUGACACCGCCUCCAAUCGCGCGAGAGAAAACUCACCCUUUGUGACGCCCGACACCUCUCGUUACUUCUUGCCGCCUGCGCUGACGUCGCCUAACGUUGCACCCACCGCCCAGCGCCCCUCGCAGUCGUUGGAGAUUGACCGAUCCAGCUCCCUCAGCUUGUCGAAGGAGGCUCCCGCAAACGGGGUGUGUGCGAGUGCCGGGCCGAAUAUCGUGACCGCCCUCGGCAGCGCUCUCACGAGCAACACCAGCGCUGCGCCCGAAACGCCGUCGCUGCCGCCCUCCACGUCGCGCCGCCGUGGGGCGGCGUCGCCAUCCUCGGUGCGGGUGUCCUUCUCACGCGACUCCUACACGCCUUUGAUUAAGAUCAACGGACCCGAGUUCCCCCCUGCCGUCGCCAAUGCAAUCGGCGUGCCGCCGGCUGCCGCGACGCCGGCAGCCGAGGCACCGGCAAGAAAAAGUCCGCGUGCGAAGAUGGUGGAGGGGGUGAAAGGACCGUUUUACGUCUGCCGCUCGUCCCCGCCUGCCGAAGCAGAAGUCAGCAGUGGUAAUUUUAGUGGUGGCGGUAGUGUCGCAGCUGUUGCGGCUGCCUUUGCUGCUGCUGCUGCUGCCCCAACUGCCAUCGGCUCUUCCGCUGGCGGAUUCGUCACGGGAACGCCCGCAACGCCCGUCGAUUCCAUCCCGCGCUGGAAGGCCACGUCGGCCGCGGCCGGUGCGAUCAUGUCCCCGCUUGAGGGCUCCAUCUUCGCAGCAAGCGGUCGUAGCGGACGCUCGAUGGUCAGCGCCAACUCCUUCCCAUUUGAGUUCAGCACCACCGCCCACGCCGCCAGCGCCAUGUCUCCAGCGGAACUCAUGUUCAGCGGCCGCACCAUUGGGAGCAUGACACCGGCGCACUGGACCCUGGACGGCGUCGAGGCGGUCGAGUCGACCUCCCACUUCGACGACGGGGAGAGCGCGAGUGAGGACAACGAGGACAGCGACGGCAGCAGCGACAGCGACGAGGAGGCGGAAGACGUCAACAACAGCGACGACGAUGCCAACGAGGCGGAUGCCUUCAAGAAGGACAUCACCCACGUGGAGGAGGGCGGUGCAGAGCCGGCGUGCUUUGGCGCGGCGGCACACCUGCUGCGCGGCGAAGGUGCGCUGCUCACGAAGGAGAACGCCCUGUCCCUGUUGCAGCGCGUCGGCCGCGGCUACCUCUGCCGCCGCCAUGAGCAUUUUCUCUUUAUGGUGUCUAUUUCCUUUGCAGAGGUGGCGCUGCUGCAGCGUGUGGCCGUCGCGUACCUCGUGCGGCGGAAGAUGGGACUUGAGUUUCAGGUCAACCGCCUGGUGAAGGAGGAGAUGGCGUAUUGGGAGCUGCGGAACCAAGCCGCCAUUAAGCUGCAUGCGGUGGUGCGUGGGUUUAUUGCACGACAACGGGUGAAGCGUCUGCAGCGAAAGCUGUUCACCAGAAUUGAGAUGCGGACUGCAUUGGAAUUGCCGGACCCCGAUGAGUAA